AUGGCACCAGCCACAGAACCAACUAUAGGCUCAAAGCUUGUUGCGGAGUUCGUAGGUACAUUUCUCUUGACCUUCACGGUGGGUUGCAAUGUACUUGCCGGCAACGCGACUUGGGGUGGAGUUUCAAUCGCCUGCCUUUUGAUGGUCGCCGUGUACUCAUUGGGUCCCAUCUCUGGUGCCUGCCUCAACCCUGCUGUCUCCUUGGCUCUUGGCAUCUCCAAAGCCAUGGGAGGCUCAGGCCUUGACUGGAUUCAAGUUGGCCUUUACACAUCCGUCCAGCUCGGAGCUGGCAUUGCGGCCGCAGUUUCCUACGCUUUGCUGUACGGCCAGAGCUUUAACCUGGCGCCAGCAGAGGGCUUUGGGUGGCUGAAUGCGGGCCUGUGUGAGAUGUUGUACACGUUCAUGCUUUGCUUUGUGGUUCUCAAUGUGGCUGUCGCCAAAAAGAACCUCACCGAGUCCAACCAAUUCUUCGGCCUGGCCAUUGGACUGGUGAUCAUUGCCGGUGCAUACGGUGCAGGGGCUGUGUCUGGUGGAUGCUUCAACCCUGCAGUGGCCGUUGGAAUUGAUGUCUCCAGUGUAUUCCUGGGAUUCGGAUGGAGCGUUCUUUAUAUCGUCUUUGAGAUCUUUGGAGCUGCUCUAGCCGUCCUUGCCUUCAAGAUGGUGCGGCCUGAAGACUUCCAUGAAGACAAGUCUCCCAAGACUGAGCUGGUGUCUGAAUUCCUGGGCACCUUCAUGCUGGUUCUAACGAUCGGUUUGAAUGUCUUGGGCAAAUCCAAAGCUGGAGCGUUUUCCAUAGCUGCUGCCCUGACUGCCAUGAUCUAUGCACUGGGUGAUGUUAGUGGUGCCCACUUCAACCCCGCUGUCACUGUGGCCAUCCUGCAAUCUGGCCGCUGCCCUGAGCUCUCGCCAGCCAAAGCAGGUUUGUACAUUGCAGCACAGAUUACCGGUGGUCUCGUAGCUGCAGGAACUUAUGCCUUCAUUUACGUUGGACAGUCUUUCCCUCUUGGACCAGUUGGAAACAGCACUUGGGGCCAAGUUGUGGUGGCUGAGUUGAUCUUCACUUUCCUUCUCAGCUUUGUUGUCCUAUCCGUUGCCGUCUCCAAGCAGACCAAGUCUUCUAACAUGUUUGGAUUCCUCAUUGGCUCCUGCGUGACGGUAGGAGGCUUUGCUGUUGGAGGCAUCUCUGGUGGCUCACUAAACCCUGCUGUGUCGAUUGGCCUUGCCGGAGUCAGCAUCUUGAAUGGUGGUGUUUUUCUUCCAGCUUUGGCCUACUCAGCAGUGGAGAUUGUUGGAGGACUGAUCGCGGCAGGAGUUUUCAAAGUCACACACGAGAUAGACACAACGGCAGAAGAGAAGGAGAAACUUGUGGCAUAG